AUGUUCCUUUUUAUUGCACCGGUUUUUUGCCGGUGUGUUCGGAGUUUACUCUGAGUAGAUGGCGAAGCAAAAUAAAAACGCCGAAAAACAAACCUUACAUCAUACAGUGAUAGGUGUACGAGUCAGUGAGACAGACUCAAACUUGCAAUUCAGUGGAAGCAUUAAGCUUUUUUUUUGGUUCAAAGUUAUUUCUGUGAAGCAAAAUACUGUUAGUUUUGUAAACACCUGGAUUUCAUUUAUGAAAUACGCUUAGGUGACUAAUCUUAAUUAGGGAGUGUGUUCAAAAUAGCCCUUUAAAAUGUCCGUGGCACGCAAGCUGGACGUUAUCAUAUUCGGUGCAACCGGGUUCACCGGCAAGUAUACCGUGUUCGAGGGUAUCAAACUGCUGGCGGAUAUGAACUGGGGUGUCGCCGGACGGAAUCGGUCCAAGCUGGAGGAAACCCUCGCGGAAAUGGGCCAGAAAGCUAAUACCGACUUGUCGCACAUUCCGAUAGUUAUGGCCGAUGUUGGUGAUAGGAAAUCUUUGGUCCAAAUGGCCCGGGACUGCAGUGUGGUGGUCAAUUGCUGCGGGCCGUAUCGCCUAUUCGGGGAGCCGGUUAUCCAGGCUUGUCUAGAGGCCGGAACGCACCACGUUGAUGUAAGUGGAGAGCCCCAAUUUUUGGAAGGGAUGCAAUUGAAAUACCAUGAGGAAGCCAAAGCGAAAGGGGUUUAUCUGAUAUCGGCCUGCGGCUUCGAUAGCAUCCCUGCAGAUAUGGGAACCGUAUUUUUGGAACAGCAGUUUGACGGGGUGGUUAACUCGGUCGAAAGCCAUGUUAUGACUAGGAUGAAGGGUCACCGAGAGCUGGGGAGCAUUCACUAUGGAACGUGGGCUUCCGCCGUACAUGCGAUCGCUAAUAUGAAGGAAGUUGGGAAGAUUCGAAGGGAGCUGUUCAAAACAAAGAUGCCGGAGGUUACACCUAAGUUGAAGGAAAGACCUGUGCUUCAUAAAUCGAGCGGAAACAAAUGGUCCUUGCCAUUUAUGGGGGCCGAUCGGUCCUGUGUGCUGAGAACUCAACGAUUCUUGUAUGAAACUGAGGGAAAGAGACCGCUACAAAUGCGAGCUUACAUUUCUUUCGGUGGACUCGUAGAAGUCAUGGCCGUUUCAUUCAUCGGAGCAAUUUUCUGGCUGCUGGUGAAGACCUCCGUUGGCCAGAACUUGCUUCUCAACUAUCCUCGGCUGUUUUCGUUGGGAUUGGUUUCACACGAAGGCCCGUCUGAUAAAGCCAUGAAAAACACAUCCUUCACGAUGUACUUCGAGGGUCGCGGGUGGGAAGAAAAGCUUGCUGAUUCCGGCGAUAGUUAUACGUAUCCUCCAAACAAGGUGAUUCGCACAAAGGUCACUGGAACCAAUCCGGGCUAUGGAGCCACUUGCGUAGCUCUGCUCGUCUCUGCAAAGACAAUUUUGAAAGAGGCAGACAAAAUGCCGGGAAAUGGAGGAUUUCUGACUCCUGGUGCGGCGUUUGGCAAGACCAGUCUGAUUUCAGAGCUGUGCAAAAAUGGAUUCACGUUCGAAGUUAUAUCUAAGGCAAAACUUUAAUCAUUCCAUGAGCAUACCAUCAUUUCAAGCUAAAUUAAAAAAGUAUUUUUUU